GGCAAACCGCCAUGGCCAUGGCUUCGGCUCUUCUGGCGACCGUGGAUCCGCUUCCUGCGUCGAUCCCGGUGAAGGCGAUGCCGCGUUGCGCCUUCAGCUGUUUAGGAUGCACUUCUCAUGAUGCCCGCCGGAGUCACGAGGAGCUGAGCCUUGUGGAACAUGUGCGACUUCUUUUGCAGGCGGUGAUCGAGAUGAAGCGCAGCCUCGAGCAGGUCCAUGGCAAGGCCAUCCGAGAUGAGAUUCUCGGAGGACCAUGCGACCUGCCGAUGGAGCCCGAACCACCCGUUGAAAACGCCGCGGAAAAACCACCCAGCCGUGCGAGCUCGGAAGCACUGGGGCAGCGAUGGCCCCCCAGUUCCGAAACGGUGGAGGUACCUCCCCCGCGCACCGCGCAUGGCGCGCCACUUCCGGCGCCCUGCACGCCGCCAGCAGCGCCAGAGUCGCCGGAGUCGCCGGAGACGCCGGCGCCGGCACAGUGGAGAGAAGUGCCAGGAACAGUGCCCGCACUCACUGCUCCACCUGUGCUUGUGCCAAUGGCGGCGCCCGAAGUCUCGGACACGGGACAGAUGGAUUUGCUGCAGCUGCUGAAUACCCAAGCGCACCAGGAACCGCCAGAGGUCAAAGUGGAAACCACUGCAGCUGAGGCGGAAGAGGGCCCUGCGGCCAAGGACGCAACUGGCCGGACUGUGCUGACUCGCACCCUGCAACUGCCCGGCCUGGCUGAGGCUCCUGCACCGGACCCGGCCCGAGGAGGCACUGCAGCUCCUGUGAGUGCUGGAGUCCAACGGACCUCCAUCGCAGCGGCCUUGUGGCAAACCACUCCGGAGGAGCCGGCAGUGCCGGAGGUCUCAGCGGCUGCGGCCAGCGCAGCCGCGAGCGCCACUGGUGGCGCUGCCGCUGACGUUGCUGAUGAGACCAAGGACUCCGACGAAGCGGCCUUCGCGAUGUUGAACCGUGCCACCGCGCAGUUACAGCAGAACAGGCUCUCCCACGGCGAGGCGGCCGAGACCUUCAGCGAGCUGCUGGCACAGCUGCCACCGGGGCGCCUGCGCUGCAGCGCUCUGCUGAACCGCGCGCAUUGCUACGUGGGCAUGGGCAAACUGGAAGCUGCGCUGGCCGACAUUGAAACCAUCACGCAAGGUGGCCCCACAGAAGACGGCUUUGAUCCCAAGCAGUGGCACAAGGUGUGGAUGAGUCGAGGUGGCAUUCGCCGGAAGCUGGCGCAGCUUCAGGGGUCGGAAGAGCUCUACGCCCAGUCCAAAGCCGACUACGAGUAUGUGCUGUCCAUUCGACCACUGAACGAGAGCUAUGUGACGAAAGCGCGGCGAUGUCUCCAGCAGCUUGCGGCCAGGGAGAGCGAGCGAGGGCGGAGUGGGCGAGACAGCGAGGGGAAGGCGCAGGCCUCUCCCUCCCCAAAGCGGCGACGGCUAGACGCAUCAAGGAGUCGCUCGCGCUCUCCCGCCCCAGCACCUUCCACUGCCGCUGUGGAGAUGGCUCCAGAGACGGGGCGGGGCCCAAAGCUACCGUUAGGCUCCAAGGCUUUGCAGGCCUUGCCAGAAGACGCCGUGGCAGCGGGCCGGCGGCUCUUUUGGGACGGUGCAGUGAGUAGCCGACCCAGUGGAGCGCCGGCAACCAGUGAGAGGCGCUACGAAGUCUCGGUGCAAGGCGUCACUGAAGUGGUACAGCUGCACGCCACUGAAUCUUCAUGGAGUGGAAGCUGUAGCUGCAGGCUGAGCUCCCAUUGUAAGCAUGUCGCUGCAGCUCUCUGCGCGUUGGAGCAGGAAGAGAAGACGGAGCUUCCUGCAGAACCCUUACCAUCCUCUGGCGUGGCCAUGCAGGCACCUGCAGCCUGUGGCUUCCGUUUGGAGCAGUUAGCGCGGCAGCUGGAGAGGAAGACGAACGAUGAGUUGAAGAACUACCUUAGGCUGAAUCAGCAGCUGCUGAGCGGCGCCAAAGCGGAGCUGGCGCAGCGCCUGGCGGAGAACGCCAUCUUCGGCGCGCUGGCGCCCUGCGACUUCGUUGCCACGGCCCAAGGUGCGGUGGCCACUUACACCCUGAAGAGCCCCUGCUGGCGCCCAACACCACGUACUUCUGCAAAAGACAGUUGAGAGAUCGUGAAGCCUGUGGCUACGAGGAAAUCUCCGAUUUGGCCAGGCCUCAGGUGCGCUGGUGGAGCGCCGGCCCUUCUUGGGCGCUGAAGAGUUGCUGAA